AUGUCUAAAGGACCGGGUUCUCUUGUCAUGGCCCCCUCUCCUUGUUUGCGUCAGUCCCUAUCCCGGACUGCCCCGAGGAGCGUCAGCAGCCUCACGGACUUGGAUAGGGGGAUGUCUCAGGAACCGAGGCCAAGCAAACCCUUCUCGGCUCCAGGGCCGCAGGGCCACCAACAGCAGUCUGGCCCCUCGAGCUGCGACCCUUGUUUGAGGCCCAUUAUUCACCGCAGGGCCCGUUCUCUCCCAAGCUCUCCCGAGCGCAGGAAAAAGGUGUCAGGGACUGCGGGGUCCCAGUGCCGACCUGGCUGUAGUCGACAGAACCGGGUGCGAUUUGCAGAUGCGUUGGGUUUGGAGCUGACCCAAGUAAAGGUCUUCAACGCCGGAGAAGACCCAUCGAUCCCGCUGCACGUCCUCUCGAGGCUGUCCAUCAACUCCGACCUCUGCUGCAGUAGCCAGGACCUGGAAUUCACCCUCCAGUGCCUCGUGCCGGACUUUCCACAGCCAGUAGACUGCAGCGACUUCUCUACCCGGUUGCAAAACCAGCGGGUCAGCCUGGAGCGGGUGACUAGCUCAGACCUUGGCUUAAGCGGCACGAUCCGGGUGCUUAACGUGGCCUUUGAGAAGCAGGUGACUGUGCGUUACACCUACAAUAGCUGGCGGACCCAGCAGGAAGUGGGAACCCGCUGGCGCAGUAGUGCUGGGGAUUCAGAUGUGUUCACUUUCUGCUUCCCUGUACCCCCCUACCUUCUGGGGCUCAAUUCUGAGGUCCAGUUCGCGAUUCGAUACCGAGUUGGGGGAGAUGAGUACUGGGAUAACAAUGAAGGCCAAAACUACAGUCUCAGAUGCCAGACCCAUCCUCUCAAAAUGCCCCAGGAAUGUGAGGAGAGCUGGAUCCACUUUAUUUGAGUUAGGGUCAAGGCAAAUUUUUGAUGGGGGUGAAGCUUGCUUUCAGGAAGAGAAAUGUAGGGGUUCUAUAAAAGCCAUGAAGUUUUUGUCUAUCUUGUGAACAUCCUGGAACAUUUCUAGCACAUUAUUCUGCAUAAGUCAAUAUUCAAAAGGGCCUCUUUUACAUAGGAGCUAUCAUAGCAGAAAUGUCAAGAAAAUUUUAAUAUAAAAAUGAAGAUAGGACCAUAAUAACGUUUGUCCUUUUCUCAUCCUGGACUUCAUCCCAUACUCAUCUAAAAAUCUAAACCAUUUAGUUAUUGGAAUGGAGUGGUGUUGUCUGUCUACCAGGCCUACUUUCAGCAGAGGUUCCUUUAUCCUAAAGCUAAAAACAGACUUGGUCCAGGAAAGUUUUAAAGCAUGUGUAUGUGUUCUAGCAAACUAACUUAAGUUUUUAGUUUGGGAGACCGAUUCCUAUUGUGUAUCUAUUUCUGAAUGUUUGUACCAUUCUGGCAUUCUGGCAGAGAUUUUACCAGAUAUUUUUGGAAAGGUCAUUUCUCUUAUAGAUUUGUAGGAAGGACUCUUGAUUUUUGCAUGUGAUCUAAGUCUCAGGCAGUGUUAGCAUUUGUUGAUCUUACUGUGUUUUCCUUUAGAUAAGUGACUUCCUAAGAAUAGAAACAUUUAGAUUUUAAUAAGCUUAAAAAGAGUGAGUAGUGUUGGUUGUGUUGUGUCAGCCAUAAACAAAAUGUACAACUUUCUGAGUAUGAAGAACAUUUUGAUACCUCAUAAUAUUCCAGACAUGACUCCAAUCAAAUAGGAGAUCAAGUUUAUUUGUCAAUCCAUGGUUUACAUCUCCAUACAAGUGGAGGACUAUUAAUAGUACAGAAAUGUAAACCAAAGCACAUAACCAUUCAUGUGUUGUGGUUCCCUAUUCAUGGAGGUCUAUAUUGCACAUGGGCAUGAUACAUACAAUCACAUCUGCCAAAUAUUCCUACAUUGGCUUUCCUACCUAAACUAUUUCCAUUAUAGAAGCCUAAUAAUUGUCUGCAUUGAUAUGUAUGUCUCAUUACAUUACUCUAGAUUUGAAACCACUUGAACAUUUUAAGAAAUCUUGCCUUAAAUUAUUGUCUUUAGUUAUUCCUAAAUCCAGCAUAUAGUUUCAAAUGAAAGAGACUUUUGCUAUUUAAUUUAUGAAGAUAAAAUUAUUUCUUAUAUUUGUUCAAAUACGGAGAUUAUAUUAGUCAUCUUUCAGAGUUUAGAUGUCAGAUCAAGUUAAAAGACAUUCACCAAUAUUAAAAACACUGGUAAUAAUAAAUCAACAGACAGUUGUACCUUUUUAAUUUUUUAAACUAUGUCCAGCAAUAUCAGAUACCUGUAAUUUAGCUGUAACUGGUGCCUUCAGAAAACAGAGAAUUCUAAAUUCCAGAUAAUUUUUUAGUUUUCUGUAAUUUUGUAAUUAAAAAAAUUUUUUUAAUCUAUCUUCUUCCCUCUAAGCAGAGGAUAACAUGGAUAGGACAGUAUUUACUAAAAACUUACCACAAUUAUAUAAGAACUCAUUGGAACAAUGAUGAUUUCUUAUGGUGCUGAGUGGUAGCUCUGAUAGCUAAUAUAGUAGAUUAAAUACCAACAUAUUCACUAAGAUUUCACAUGGAAAAUAUUAUGGACUUUAUAUGAUUUUUGUUAUUACAAAACAGCCAACACUGUGCUUUCACUUUGGGUCUAGCUAUAAGCUAGUGCAUUUAAGUUUCUGAAUAUUAGUUGGGAUUUGUUUUUGUAUUUUAAUCUACUUUGUUUUGCUUAUAUGUGUUUAAGAAUCUAAGAGAACAGCAAAAGUUAUUUCAGUAACUUCUUAAUCUUAGAUCACCCAAUUUCCAUUUAACUUAUAUGAAAAUUGAGCUGGUUCUUAAAAAUCAUGCACUACAUUGUCAUGCAAGAGAUAUACAGGCUCAGUUGCAUUUCCUGUUUUAGGGCCCAACUAAGCCAAAGGCCUCCUUGGCCCUGGCUUCUGGGCAUUUAUCUUCUGCCAGAUGAGGGGGGUACAAGUCAGUGGUUGGGAGAUUUUUUUUAAUAUUUAUCAGUAAUUGGAUGCUAAAUUUUUUGGAGUGUAGCUAGAGGAUAACAAAGAAUGUGUAAAAUUCUCACUGUCAUAAAGAGUUCUACAUUUGGAGAAGAUAGGAAAUACCUUACUUACAUAGUGCAUCUAUAGGGUUUGAUGAGAUAAGCUCAAGGUGUCUUUAAAUCAUCAUCAUUUGGAAGUUUUAAAACAUAGAAUCCAUGAACAAUCAAAAGAUCUAAUAGGGCUAAUCAGUAGGGAAGCUAUGGAAAACCUAAAGUUCUUUUAUUAAAUUAAAAGUCAUAUUCACCAAUAGUAAAAACACUGGUGGUAAUAAAUCCACAGAUAUUAGAACAUAAAUCAAUACAAAGCAUCAACUGUGUUGUUUAAAUAUAAUAUUGGAUUGUAUAAUUAGUGGGCUUUCUCUUAGAUCAUUUUUAAUAUGGUCAUUGUUUUUUAUCUUUGCACCCAUUUUUUCACUUAUUAAAAGUUUUAGAAUAUGCA